UGACCCGGCCCGGCCUGCCCGACCCUUCCCGGCCAUGCUUUCCGCCCCAUGGCCCCAGUGGAGCUCGACGCGCUGACCGUGCGGGAGCAGCUUUUCCAUGAACGUGUCCGCGAAUGCCUCAUCUGUGCCCUGCUCUUCGCCAGCCUCUACAUCCUCUGCCAUUUUGUCAUAAGGCACUUCAAGAAGCAGACGGAUUUUGCAGCAGUGCACGAUGAUGAGGACGCUGCUGUCAACAGGAUUGCGUUGGGGCUGUGCACCUUCACCCUGGCCGUGGCGUUGGGUGCUGUGCUGCUGCUCCCCUUCUCCAUCAUCAGCAACGAGGUGCUGCUCUCCUUUCCCCACAACUACUACAUCCAGUGGCUGAAUGGGUCCCUCAUCCACGGCCUCUGGAACUUGGUCUUUCUCUUCUCCAACCUGUCCCUCGUCUUCCUCAUGCCCUUUGCAUACUUCUUCACGGAGUCAGAGGGAUUUGCAGGAUCCAAGAAGGGUAUCAUGGCUCGUGUGUAUGAGACGUCGGUGGUGCUGCUGCUGCUGACACUGCUGGUGCUGGGCAUGGUCUGGGUGGCCUCUGCCAUCGCUGGUAACGAUGCUGUGAGCCGGCAGUCCCUCUAUGACCUCUGGGAAUGCUACCUGCCCUACCUCUACUCCUGCAUCUCGCUCUUUGGCGUGCUGCUCCUGCUGCUGUGCACCCCGUUUGGCCUCUCCACCAUGUUCACCGUCACCGGGAAGCUGCUGGUGAAGCCCCGGCUCCUGGAGGACCUGGAUGAGCAGCUGAGCUGCACGAGAUUUGAGGAGGCUGCCGUGUCCCGCAGGAUCACAUCUGGGAAGGCUUCCUGCUGGCUGAACCUGAACGUGGCACUGCUGCGGGAGCAGCUCCUCAGCAUCCGGAGCAAGAGGAAGAAGCUGGAGCUGCGGCACCGAGCAUCACCCUGGCAGAGGAAUGUGGGCUACCCGCUGGCCAUGCUGGGCCUCCUGGCUCUGACGGGCAUCUCAGUGCUCAUCGUCUGCUUCCACGUCCUGGAGCUGCUGCUGGAUGACACCGCAAUGCCACGGGGCAUGCAGGACACAGCCCUGGGCCAGGUCUCCUUCUCCAUCCUUGGUUCCUUCGGAGCUGCACUGCAGGUUGUCCUCAUCUUGUAUCCUUCAUGCAGGCACUGGGGGCUUCCAUCCCCCCCC